AUGAGCCUGAGCGAUCUAUCGCCUGGGCGACCAACCCCAGGUUUCGCCACCAGCGAGGCUAUUAGUGAAGGAUGUGUUCAGGAGUGCAGCAGCAGCUUGGUCCCCCCAAAUUUACACUUAAUAGUGGCCGACAAUCAUAUGCUUCAGCCGGGCGAAAGGCAACUGGAGGAGGCUUUGAGACAGAGUAGGGCGUACUGGUACAGUGUUGCAGCAGUGGCUAAACUCUACCAUGAGAACGGCGUCAAGAAAGACGUUAUGGAGCCUCACCACAUGCUGUGGAAAGUUCCAAGACUGCGUGGAAGACCACGGCACACUUACGCAGUUCAACUUGGUGCGUCCGCUGGCAAAACAUUUUGUUUUUUGGCAUCCACCAAUUGGCAACUUGAGAAUUGUGUGGACUGUGAGCAUGUGGAUGGAGAGAGAACAAUGUCCCUCCUCAUGCAAAUGGGGACCACAGCUGCGGUCCCAUAUACCUUCAACGGCACUGGGUUUCGUCACUGGAUUGGCACCCAGGACGAAUCAGCAGUUGGGCCUAAUUAUCUGGCAAUUCUUACCCUAGCGUGGUCUUACAUACUGUCAGCCCGGCUUGUGGAGAUUCAAGGGGAAGAUGCUACAAUGCAAUAUAUGGAGUCAAAGGCGCCCGUGAAUUUGGAGGCAGACCAACAGACCAGAUCAGAUAUUGUUGAUAUCGGCGAAGUCGAUUGGCACGUAUCGGUUUGGUGGGCUUCGAUUCUGGCUCCCGGUGAGGGUUGGAGGGCUGUCGUCAAACAGUUCGACUGUGAAGAGUUCAUUUCUCCAUGGUCUGUGGCACAUUCUUGCAAUGAAUCAUACGCCAUCAAAGCUCAUAGGGAGACCUCCGAUAGGAUUCCCUCCUCGCCCUUAUCCUCGAAUGAAGCAUUCGAUGCUCUUUGCCAAUUCGCUAUCUUACAUAAUCUUGGAAGCCAAGUGAUCGUUGCUUUAACUACAGCCAUUACGAUUCCAACCCACAACUACUAUGGUACGACUCUUCAGUUACCACGACCAACUCUCACCGGGGCGCGAUGUCCAGUCAUACCACCAGAAAUUGUUCCUGAAGAGUGGACCAUGUUAUAUGAGAAUCUUCUCUACUAUAUGACUUUAAGUUGUAGCCCAGAUGCUGUCAUCUCUUCCCUUUGUGGUAUGUUUUGGGAACUUGAUGUCCCUUGCAACCUAGUCAGUCCCUGGCUGCAUCCUAUAUUGAACGAAGUGCCAAGCGACCAGAAUAUAGCAGACACCCCAGCUUACGGAGAACUACUCGGUAUUAUCUGCGGCAUCCGUCGGCCUACAAUAUCUACUCUUUGGUUGGGAGCUGUGGCUGGUGCGUUGACUCCGGUUAUUCUUCGAAUGGCUGGGCGAGGAAGACCUCCUUUGGAGCCCGUCGCUUUCCCAUGGACAGGCUGCCCACAAAGCUUCAUGGAUAUUACUGGCUCGGGCCCUUAUCUUACCGACAAAGGGCAGAUCUGGAGAGCCGAUGUCUGGCGACUCCUCCAUCUUCCUACUGCUGAGGAAGAUGAGAUGUCGUACAACUACCGACCGCACACGCCCUGGAUGCCCUGUGGCAAAAUGAAGGAGGAGAAUUGUGCUCUCAGAGUUGUGGCACACAUGACUUGUCCCCGGCAUCAUAUCAAUUAUCAUCAUCUCACCUGGGAGCUUGAGGAUGGCCGGGUUGUCCAGGACCAGGGUUUCUCAACUGCACUGGUUUCAGCGCCGAGUGAGGUGGGAUGGGAUCUCCCUGGAGUACAAGAGCUGCCGCACCCCCCGCAUAAGCCACUCGAUCAGAAAGCGUCGCGAGAAGCGUCCUUAGAUAUUUUCCGCUGGUUUGCCAUUAAUGGCGAAGGUUUACCUCCAGAAAAUAUCUACGAAGAUGAAUGGUUGGAUCCUCUUAACGAUACCGAGGAGAGUAGUUGGGAGUAUCGGGACGAUGAUGAUGUGACUCCUCCUACCGAGCGCAGUGACGAGUAUCAGGACGAUGAUGACCGGAUACCACAAAGGCCACAAACAGAGCAACAGGACAGAGUAGGGAAUUGGCUUCAUACAAUUUCUUGA